CACUUGGAACAAUAUGGAUCAUCAUCAUGACCUCAAGCCUGGCUCUUCCAUCUCUGAUUCUCCCAUGAUCAUGGGCUUAGGCCUCUCCUCAAACCCCAUGGAUUGGAACAAUCAACCCUCCAUAAUAAUCUCCUAAGAGCAGAGAAUAAGGGGGUCUCCGAUGGCCGAUUCAGACCCAUGCUUCAAGAGAAUCUGGGUUCUCAAGAAAGUGGGAUGGGUUUAUCUCAUCAUCAACAAGUUGAGUGGAGAGAGAAACUAUUGUUUUCAACAGAUUCAUCUUCAACUACGACUGAGCAGUACAGUACUACUUCCGGGGAUAGCAUAGUGACGACCAGCCAAGGCUUAGCUUGUAGUUUCCACAUGGAUUCUAAUUCUUAUUCUGCUGCAAAUCCUUCAAUAUUACAGGGAAUAUUAGCUCCUGAAGCUUCUUCUUCUUCUUCCUCCUUCGACAAUAACCAUAAUCGUGCCUGCUUCAAUAACUUUCCCUAUGGAUCUAACAAUAAUGAUCAGCUAAUGGCUUCUAAUUGGCCUAAGGUUUCUCAGUUUCUUAGGGCUUCGCCGCCGAAACAAACCCAACAUCACGGUGGUGGUUGUGGUGGUAAUAGCCAGUUGCAGUUUACGAACAACACAACCUUCUGGAACGCUUCUGAAGCUCCUCCUCAUCAUCAUCAUCAAGCCGCCAUUAAAGAACCUCGAGCUUCCUUCUUCCCUUCCCUGCAGCCUCCUUUUCACUCGCCGAAUUUUGAUGCACAAUCAAAGAAUAUUUGUGGAGGAAGAGAAACGAAUAGUGUGGGGAAGAAAAGUGGUGGAGAAGCAGCACCAAAAAGGGCGAGAAACGAAACCUCAUCGACUUUGCCACCUUUUAAGGUGAGAAAAGAGAAGAUGGGGGACCGGAUUACUGCUCUUCAGCAGUUGGUUUCGCCUUUUGGGAAGACUGAUACAGCCUCAGUGCUGUCUGAAGCCAUCGAGUACAUCAAAUUCCUCCAUGAACAAGUCUCUGUUUUAAGCACCCCAUAUAUGAAAAGUGGAGCUCCGCAGCACCAACAGAGUUCUGGGAAAUGUAAGGACGGGGAAGCCCUAAAACAAGACCUGAGAAGCCGAGGGCUGUGUUUGGUGCCGGUUUCAAGCACUUUUCCAGUAACUCAUGAAACCACUGUUGAUUUUUGGAUGCCAACUUUUGGAGCCACUUUCAGAUAGUUAAUUCCUACGAAAUUUUUAUUACCUAAUUGAUAGAUUGAAUCAUCUACGAUUCUAGAAAGAAUCUUAUCAUCAGGUCAGAUUGGAAAUGAUGAAAUGAUAGCGAGGAGGAACACUAAAGAAGGACACAGAGGCCACACAAAUUUGUCAAGUUGUUGAUUGUGCUCAUGGAAGAGAAGAACGGAAGGGAAAGGAGAGGAAAGGAAAAGAAAAGAAAGAAAGGAAAGG